UGGUGCGCGAGCCGUCAGAAGCGGUGGGUGUCGGCCGGCCGACCCGGCUGCGAGCGACACGUGCCGCUCACCUGACCUGACCUGACCUGACCUGGGUCACCGGCUGGUCCGCUGCCCGCCCAGACUGGACCUCUGGACAAGUCGAAGCUCGGAGAGUGUGACCAGGCAGAGCGCGAGACGCGAGACAGAGCAGUGUGCGCCGGUCAGCGCGGGGCCACAGUGAGGGUGCCAGACGGCGUGUGCAGCUCGCUGGCAGGACCGUGAACAGUGCCAAGUGAAUCUUGUCGGUCCCAAACCCAGCUGGCCUGAACCAAGGACUACCACUCGCCGGGCAAGUCUCACCACCUACCCGCGCGCGUGUUGAUUUCCUUGACUCCGGGUCACAGUCCGACCUUGGCUGGGCGGCGCGGCGCGCGCGGAAGUGUGGGGUACCUGAGCGGGUUCCCAGCCGGGUCAGGGGGCGGGUCGCGCGGAGCCUCAGCCAUGGCUCUCCGCCAGGGCCGCCGAGAGGAUGUGGAGCGCGCCGCCUACUACGUGUGGUUUCUGGGCGCGGAGGAGAGCCGCGGCCUGCGCGGCCGCCAGUACGUGGCGCCCGUGGUGGCCGAGCUCGUGCGCAAAGAGCGCCACGUGGAGCCGUGCAAGGUGACACUGCAGGUCAGCGGCAAGGGCAUGAAGAUCGUACAGCACGCGGCGCGCGGCCGCGCCGGCCACGUCAAACACUUUGUGCCCGACCACGCGGUGACGUGCGCGGUGCGCGAGCCGGCGCCGGACGAUGACAUCGUGAGCUGCAUCCUGCUGGUGUUCAACCCGGUCACCAAGUGUCCGGUGCACGUGCACACGUACCGCUGCGACACGCCCGAGACGGCGCAGAUGCUGGAGGCGCAGCUGCAGACGCUGGCCGGCAGACCGGAGAACAAGGCGCGCAUCCAGCAGAUCGAGGCGCGGCUGGUGGAGCGCGGGCUGCUGGCGGCCCCUCCGCCGCCGCAGCAGCAGCCGGGGGGCUCAGUCAGGCAGAAGUCGAGCCGGUCCGGCUCCGGGCGUCACGAGCCGGGCUCCAAGGCGGGCUACCAGGAGGACUCGAGCGGGAUCGGCUCGGACGACACGGCCAGCCCCGACCACCGCGAGCGAACCUCGUCAGAUGAGGAGGAGGAGUGGGAGGAGACUAGAGCCAGUUCGGAGGACCUCCUGCAGGAUUCCAGCUCGCGGUGGAGGCAAAACAGGAGUAUCUCUCAGCUGGAUGUGCGGGAGUCUGGUGGCCGCCACAGUCCGGACCCAGAGGACCACAUCACGUCGGGAGUAUCGUCCUCACGACGGUCGGCCAGCCAGCGGCAGAGGUCCCCUCCGUCGGCCGUGCCGCCGGGUAGGGUGGAGUGGAGUCGUGGUCUCAGCUCGCCCCACGACGAGGACGAGGACGAGGACGCUCCACCACCUCCGCCGCAGCGACCGCCACCAGAGCUGGUGCCGGAGGCUCCCAGAGCGCACCACCCGGACUACUCUCGCAGCUGGCGUCACUCUCGGCCUCACCCGGAGGGUGGUCGGGGAAUAUACGAGGAGCGCAGUCGGUACCGUCCGCGCGAGGAGGGUCGGAGUCGGUCCGGGGGCGGCCACCGCCGACCCGACGAGCCUCUACCCGUGCCACCAGGCGGUGAACCUCGCCCUGAGGAGCUGCUCUCUCGCGUUGACCGCUGGGUGCUCAGCUCCGUCGCUGUGGCCGAGACGGCCGCGCCGGGAGUGCGCCGACGUCACAGCGGCCGGCAGCACGCCGAGAGGCGCGUCCGGUCACCCUCAGAGGACCCCGCCGGACGGCUCACCAAGUCGCGCUCUACCGACACCUUCCUCGAGCACGACGUGAUGAGGGAGCCGUGGCGCCGCCCGCCGGCCGCUCAUGUGGCUGAGGAGAUGAGACGCCAGUCGGUGGCGCGAGACGAGCCCGUACAGAGGUCGCGCUCGUCGGCUCAUGUGGGCGAGGAGGCGCGGCGAUCGGCGCCUAGAGAGGAGACGGUACAGCGGUGCCGCUCGUCUCCGCAGGUUACCGAGGACAUGAGACGUCGCCUGGCUGCCAGAGAGGCCAGAGAAGCUAGAGAUGCAAGAGAAGCGAGGGAUCUACGAGAUAUCAGAGAAGUGAGGGACGUUAGAGAAGCCAGAGGGCUGCGAGAGGCCAGGGAGGAGAGGGAUGCGACCAGGGAUCUGCGGGAGAUUCGGGAGUCUCCCCGACCCCGGCGUGGCAUGCAGCGGUGCCGCUCCAGCACCAGCCUGCUGGACCAGCGGAGUCCGGACCGGGCGCGCCUCCCGGAGUCGGCCGGCGGCUGGCGCGGCGACCACACGCGCCGCUGGGGCACCCUGGACCGUGACCUGCGCGAGAGGCCCAGCUCUCGGCGGCGGGAGCAGAGCCGCGACUCCGAGCUGCGCUACCAGGUGGCGCGCGAGCUGCGGCCGACAGAGGGCAGCGCGCGCAGCCGCGGCCCGCGCGCCGGCAGCCGCACUCCCGACUCGGAGCUGUGGAUGAGCGGCGCUGACAGCAGGGGGCGCUCGCGGUACAGCGUGGCCGACCCCAGAGGAGUGCGAGAGUACGACUAUCGGCCCAGUCUGAUAGCUCAGCCCUACUAGCCGCCAUCUGGCUGGGGGUGGGGUACUGAAGGUUGUGCUGAGGGUCUGUCAGAUGGAGCGCACAUUGUGCAGCGUGCCGCUGAAUAAACGGGAUGGUGAGCCGGUGGAGGUGAUAGGUGAUGUAAGGAUAUCGAUCGCCAUGUCACCUGCUGGUAGAAUAGAGAACUAGAGCUAUAAGGUGGACCAAAGGUCCGAGAGGGGACGAUAUUUGCUGGCACUGGGUGAUCGGAGUCGUAUGGUGCUUGGCGAAAUAUGACCGAAGGAGCGCUCACCAAUUUGUGAUGUGAUAUAAUUCACUUAGGUUAAGCAAUUAAGCAUACUCCAGUGAAAUUGUGAGCAAGACAGUCUUGCCAACUAACUGGACGUCUAUCCAUAGGUAUCCGAGAGAUUAAUAGUCCUCCAAAUCUGCAAGAUUUGGAACAAGGUGUCGAAUGCAGUGGACAAGGUGUCAAGUGUUCAUUUGAAACUUAUUCUGAUGCGUGUUUUCGGCAUUACCCGCUAUCUGACUGUAUGCCUGCAAUCGGGGUGUCGCCGGCGAAAGUCAUGUCAGAUUUGAGACACCAUAAGGUUUUGCAAUCAUGUGACAAAAAUCUUAUUGCGUGUCUACAACCAGCCAAACGUGACAGUAAUUGGUCUCGACGUCACGUUUCACGCGGCGGAUAAAAGUGUGACUUUUACAAGCUCUUCCCGUUUUUGUGCCAGAAAAGAAUAAUUCAUUGGCCUUGAGUUGUUUUUCCUCUUCUACCCGCACUCCGUUUGCCAUGUGUAAGCGAUUGGUCGUCGCUACUCUGUGUCCUGAGGCGCUUUUACGCAUAAUUUUGUCUUUCCGCCGCGUUCAAGCAAUGCGUUGAGCCUAAAUGUAGUGAUAGUUCGUGUACUUACAAAUACACUGGAGCUCUAUC